UCAGAGUCCCCAUGGAGAGAAGUAAGGUAGAAGAUUUAUUUUUCUCUCAGUCUUCUCUCCGAGUGUUCUCCUGUAUACCCCGCUUAGUUGUGGGCAACCCAGGAGUAAUAGGAUAAGUUUUAAUUUCGAGAUUUGAUUCUAAGCGAACCAUAUUCUUAAUAACACACAGAUCAGGGGUCAAAAUUGAUCCGUCUGUGCUAGUUUUACAGGAGGAGAAGGACGGAUCAGAGGAGUGUUUAGAGUACCAGGUUCAGAUUGUAGUCAGUCCGAUAGCGGAGAUCGCGGGAAAUAUUUCCUCAGGACAAAUCAGCCUGAUAAACGGGAGACCAGGAAAUCGCUCUCUCUCGAAAUCAAGAUCGCGAAGUCCAAAUAGAUCGGACACGACAGCUCAUAACAGAUUCCAUUACAACUGCUGUUCUGCAAACAAGGGACCUUCCAGGGAGGAGAUUAAGGCCUUGAGUUCGAUGAAUGCUGAACGUAUGCGCUCUAAGUCUCGAAGCGGAAACACUUCCGGAUCAAGAACGGAACUCAGGGUUUCCAGAGCCAAUCUUCCAAGUAUUGGAAAGCGCCAAGAAGCAGACAUGACACCGCAACAGUUUACAGAACUUCUCUCUUCUAACUCUGAUCUAUUGGAACAAUACGUUAUAGAGCACGUAGAUUUAGAAACGCUUGAAAAAUGGACGAAACGACGGGCACGUAAAAGCCAGAAGCAGCCUAGGAUAUCCACACGGAAAACUAAACUAGGAAUGUGGAAGUAUUCUGUGGAGGCUAACAAAAAGAAUAUGUUAGAUGAAAUGACAAGGUUGUUACAGGGAGCUACUAAUAAAGCUCAGAUCAUGUGGGAACUAGCAAAUUGUAUCAGUUCAGCCGUGGAGGCGGAUCAUUUUCAUCUCUACUUAGUGGAAACAGAAGGAGAAAUUACGCAGUUUCAUCCGAAAAAUUCCAGCGGGGAAAAGCAAAAAAUUCGAUCUGGAACUACCUUGGCCGCCUACUGUGCUAAGGUGAAGGAUGUUGUCAGGGCCAAUACAGGGUCUUCAGAUCCAAGGUUUCCGAAGGGAGUUCCAGAUAUCAAGGGAUCAGCUAAGGUUGUGUGCUAUCCUGUUUGCUCUGAAACUGAGGAUCUUGAAGCUGUUCUUGAGUUUGUGAGAAAGAAGGGGAAUAAUUUUACUGAAGAAGAUAUCGAGGUUGUAAACAGUUAUCUGGUGUGGGGUGGAGUUACAAUACACUUUGCAGAUCUGUACUCUAGGGUUCAACAUCAGAAAUCUUUAAACGAUUUUCUUCUUUCUGUUGUCAAAUCUAUUUUCCAAGAAAUGAUAAGCAUGGACACUCUAAUCAUUCAAAUCAUGAACCAGGCACAAAAAUUAGUUGACGCAGAUCGAGCCUCACUCUUUCUUGUUGACGCAAAAACUAAUCAACUGUACGCAAGAAUAUUUGAUGUAUCGAGUGAUAUAAUCGAAGAUGGCCAAGUAGAACAAUCAACAAAAGAAAUCAGAGACAAUUCGACCGGAUACACAACCAGGAAUAUCCUGUGUAUGCCCAUCUGUAUCCGAGGAUGUGUAAUUGGUGUAGUUCAAAUGAUAAACAAGAAAUCUGGAUCCGUUCAGUUCACCCAGGAAGACGAAGAAUCUUUUAAAACCUUUGCUGUGUAUUGUGGAUUAGCUCUGCAUCACGCUAAACUUUAUGAUAAAAUUAGAAGAUCAGAGCAAAAAUAUAAAGUCGCUUUGGAGGUUCUCUCCUACCACAAUGCAGCCUCCAUUGACGAGGUUGAGGAUAUCCUUCAAGAAGGAGUUCCGGAGAAAACAGGACAUGAGGAUAUUUCUUCACAAAUAUUCACCUACUACGCUACUGGUUUGGAUGAUAUGAUGAAAGUUCGAAAAUCUCUGUUUAUGUUUGUUGAUCUCUUUGGAGUGGAUCGGUUUGAAUACGAAACAUUGGUGAGUUCUAUCUACAGUAUACUCAAGGCUUCACCAGGCAUAUUCAAACCUUUAGAGUGCUUGGCAAUGUUUAUUGGGGCAAUCUGCCACGAUUUGGAUCACAGAGGGUUCAAUAACAAGUUUAUGAUUGAUAUCGGAUCUCCCCUGGCGGCCAUAUAUUCUACCUCUACAAUGGAACAUCAUCAUUUCAAUAUGGCGAUUAAUAUUCUACAGCAGGAACAUCAUAACAUAUUUGCUAGACUCAACCCAGAUGAGUACAAACAGGUGUUGGGAAACAUGAAGCACUGCAUCCUGGCGACAGACCUUGCCUUGUUCUUCCCGAACAAGGCGAGGUUGUCAAACAUUGUGAAGGAGAAUAGUUUUAACUGGGAUUUACCAGACCACAGAUUACUGGCUCAAGCAAUGUGUUUGACCGGAGCUGAUCUAAGUUCUGCUGCUAAACCCUGGAAGAUCCAGUUCAACACAACUAGUGUUGUCUACGCCGAGUUCUAUGAUCAAGGUGAUGUAGAAAAGUCUCUGGGCUGGAAACCUAUACCCCUGUUUGACAGGGAGAACUACGCAGAAAUUGCGUCAAUGCAGGUCGGGUUUAUUGGUGGUAUUUGCUUGCCCUGUUAUGAUCUACUCUCUAAGGUGAUCCCCUCAGUAACCCCUAUCAGGGAUCAAUGUGAAGAGAACCUCAGCACAUGGAAGCGUCUAGCUGAGGAGAGGAAGGAAGAGAAGGAGACUACGGGGGAGAAGGAUGAGAAGGAAGAAUAAGGAAAAGGAGAAGAGAAGAGAAGGAAGUUUAAGGAUAAGGAAAGAGGAGAGGAGAAGAGCGGAGAAAAAUAAGUAUGAGAUAAUGGGCGAUAGAAAAAGGAAAAAUAGGUGAGAAGGAGAAGGAAGAAGAAGAAGAAUAUAAGGGUUGAGAAGGAUAAGAGUAUGAGGAUAGAAGGCGGAGAAACAGAAGGGAAUAAAGGG